AUGGCGCCGAAUGUAGAUUCUGCUAUUCUAGACGCUCUGGGCUUGGACCCAAGCAUCACAAAGAUAGCCACUCACGGCGGCUCCGGCUUCGCCUCUACCUUCAAACUGUCAAGUACAGUGGAUGGUGAGGUGAAGAACUAUUUCGUCAAGACAGGCACCGGGAAGGACGCAGAACUCAUGUUCACAGGUGAACAUGCCUCCCUAAAUGCCAUUCACAAUGCCGUGCCCAAUUUCUGCCCGGCGUCUCAUGCACAUGGCGAGAUGAAAUCUUCACCCGGCAAAUACUUCCUUGCUACUGAUUUCUUGGACUUGGGCUCCUCUGCACCGGGGGGCACGGGGCAGUCGCUCGCCGCGAAACUCGCCAAGCUGCACACCACGCCGGCGCCUGUACCGGCGGGCUACGACAAGCCCAUGUUCGGGUUCCCGGUUUCGACAUGCUGCGGCGCCACACCCCAGGACAACUCAUGGAAGGAGAGCUGGGCAGAUUUCUACGCUGAGAAUAGGCUGCGGAGCAUUUUACGCGCGGCUGUUCGCUCCAACGGCAAAGACAGCGAGCUGGAGAAGGAGGUUGAGAAGGUCGCGAGCGUGGUGGUGCCACGUCUGAUUGGAGACGACCAUGUCAAGGGCAUCAAGCCAGUUGUGAUACACGGAGAUUUGUGGUCCGGGAAUCAUGGCCGGGGCCAGAUUGCCGGCAAGGGCGGUGCGGAAGAGGUCGUGUUCGACCCGUCUUGUGUCUACGGUCACUCGGAGUAUGAGUUGGGCAUCAUGAAAAUGUUCGGGGGCUAUGGCGGGAGCUUCUGGAGCGAAUAUGAGAAACUCGUUCCUAAGGCUGAGCCGAAGGAGGAGUGGGAGGAUCGAGUUGCGUUGUACGAGCUGUGA